AUGUCAAUGGCAGGAAACACACCCGAGGGCACCGGACACGUCGGCACCUUGACGCCCAACCAAGCCACAGCUCUGAAGCAGUUCUGGGAAGCCAUCCACAACAUCCAAGCCAACGGCACCGUCACCCUCACCCACGACCCCAAGCUCAAUGCACCCCCAGCCCCUGCUGUCGACCCAGCACCCGUUGCUGCCGGUUGGGGUGGUGGAUGGUUCGGAGCUGCUGCACCCGCCGCCCCCGUCGAACCCGUCGCCGAGCCCCCAUUGACCAUCACCCUCGAAGAGAUCGGUCUCUCCGCCGCAGAUGUGAAGACGGCGUUGUGGAACAACGUGAUGUGCGACCACCCAGACUCGUUGGUGUUGCGGUUUUUGCGCGCGCGCAAGUGGCAUGUGGGAAAUGGCUUGAUUAUGCUGUUGAACUCGUUCAAGUGGCGACAGGAGAUGCAAGUGGAGGAUGUCAAGUAUUGGGGAGAUGAUGACCUCGAGGCCGCGUAUCCAAAGUUCAGGAAGCAGUUGGAGAUGGGCAAGUUUUAUAUCCAUGGGACUGAUAAGCAUGGCCAGCCUGUUGUCUACUUGAACGUCCAGUUGCACAGAGCAGGAGACCAAGAUUACAAAACCCUGGAACGCCUUACAAUCUACCUCAUGGAAACCGGCCGUCUCCUCAUCCAGCCCCCCGUCGAGACUGUCGCCCUUGUCUUUGAUCUCACUGGUUUCGGCCUCGCCAACAUGGACUACACCCUGGUCCAAUUCCUCGUCAAAUGCUUCGAAGCCUAUUACCCCGAAUCCCUCGGCGCCAUCCUUGUCCAUAACGCACCCCUAGUCUUCUGGGGAGUUUGGAAGGUGAUCGAGCCCUGGUUGGACCCUGUCGUUGCCUCCAAGAUCAAGUUCACCUACAAGAACCAAGAACUCCUCGAGUUCAUCCCAGCAAAUCACUUGCCCGAAUCCUUCAAAGAUGCUGGCUUGGACAAGUUUGUCUACCAGUACCUCCCCCCCGUCCAGGGUGAGAACGCCCUGAUGGAAGAUCAGGAAGGAAAGGCAAAGGUUGUGAAGGAGUGGAACGAGUUGAGUGAGAAGUUUGAUGUGGCGACGAGGGCAUGGAUCAAGACUGGCGGGGAUGUGUCGGAGGAGAGGGAGAAGCUUGCCAAGGAUUUGAAGAACCAGUACAUCAAGAUGCAGCCUUAUAUCCGGGCCAAGAACCAGUACCAGCGUAAGAAUGCGUCUGGAAAGUCGAUCAUUCAGCCCGAUGGCUCUGUCGUCUGGACCUACCACAACUAG